CUUCCUCUCUUCUUCUUGUCACCUUCCCCACCCUUUCCAACUUCCUUUCCCCCCUCCUCCUCCCUCCAACCCCGACUGUCUUCCUGUCCCUGUCAUUGCUGGCAUUGACUUGUCAAGCAUCGAGAAUUUCCCUUUUGGACCGGAGACUCGUACUGAGGUAUUCGUUCAAUCCCGCCAAGCUUCGCUGCCAUCCACUUUUGAGUCUUUGUGUGUGUUUGUGUGUUUCGCGGCACUCCCAGACCACAACUUCUCGCCACGCUUCAACCUCCAAACAGCCAUAUCUUUUAACCCUCGUCCACUCUCGAUCUAUCUUUCGUAUUCGUUAUCACUACACCCCGGUAGUAAAAUUCUCGUUCAGUCUUCCCACUGGAUUACUUCCGAAGACUACCCGUGCAAUUUUUCUGCUGCCCUGUUACACACUACCUAAGUGGCGGGGAACGUUUCUCACCUUCUACCACUGAGAUCCUGGGCUUUGUGAUUUUUCUUGGUCCGUCGCAUUAGCAUCGUCUGCGCGCGCGCCUCUAGCUGCUUCCGUGGCUUUUGUGAAUACGUGUUUCGUCCCACCAGAGUGAAACGUUGAGAGACAUUUCGAAAUGGCAGCUCCCACCCAGCUUGCUUACCGUACGGUCAAGGGCAUUGGCAUCUUGGAUGCGGCCCCAGUUUAUGAACCUUUGUCGGGGUUCGAAAGACCCGAAGGAAACAUUCGCUGUAGCGCUUACUCUCCCUGCGGCCGGUAUUUCGCAUGGGCAUCCCCAGAGAAGGUCACCAUCAUCGAUCCUUCUGUCGGACAUGUGGUCUCGACCAUCGCUGCCGAUAACGUUUUCGAGCUGGGAUUCUCGCCCCUCGGAACCUACCUGAUCACCUGGCAACGCCCUUCCAAGGAUGCCAAUGGCGAUGCGGUCAAGAACCUGAAGGUCUGGCAGGUCGUGCAGUCGUCCGAGAACGGUGACGUGCAUACGCCUGUGGGCAACUUCGUCCAGAAGUCGCAGACCGGCUGGAACCUUCAAUACACCUCCGACGAGCGUUACUGUGCCCGGGUCGUCACCAACGAAGUCCAGUUCUACCAGAGCGAGAACCUGUCUCAGGUCUGGAACAAGUUGCGUGUGGAGGGGGUUGCGGACUUUGCGGUCGCUCCUGGCAAGAACCACUCUGUGGCUGUCUUCAUUCCUGAGCGCAAGGGACAACCCGCUGCUGUCAAGGUCUUUUUGGUGCCUCAGUUUGGAUCCCCCGUCUCGCAGAAGACCUUCUUCAAGGGCGACAAGGUCCAGCUCAAGUGGAACGAGCAGGGUACCACCGUAAUCGUGCUUGCGCAGACGGACGUGGAUCGGUCGGGCAAGAGUUACUACGGCGAGACCACCCUCUACCUGCUCAGUGCUGGUGGUGGCUUCGACUCUCGUGUGGACUUGGAUAAGGAGGGACCUAUUCACGAUGUGACCUGGUCUCCUAACUCCAAGGAGUUCGGUGUGGUGUAUGGCUACAUGCCCGCGAAGACCACCAUCUUCAACUUCCGCGGUGUGCCUAAACACACUUUCGCUUUGGCCCCUCGGAACACCAUCCUCUUCUCGCCCCACGGACGGUUCGUGCUGGUGGCUGGUUUCGGUAACUUGGCCGGUCAGAUGGACAUCUACGAUAUGGACAAGAACUUCCACAAGAUCGCCACCGUCGAAGCCUCCAACGCCAGUGUCUGCAACUGGUCCCCCGACGGCCAGUAUAUCCUGACGGCCACGACCAGCCCACGUCUCCGAGUCGACAAUGGCAUCCGUCUCUGGCAUGUCAGCGGUGCUUUGAUGUACAACGAGGACAUGAACGAGCUCUACGAUGUGUGUUGGCGCCCCCAGUCGCUGAUCCAGCAUCCCCUCGGCGAUCCGUUCAGCCCGCUUCCGACCCCCCACCCCUCCGCCGUGGCGUACCUGAGCACCAGAAAGGCUCCGGUCAAGCCGGCUGGUGCGUACCGGCCUCCCGGUGCCCGUGGCCAGCUCACCCCUCUCGCCUUCAAGCGCGAGGACCAGGGCGGCGCGGUCUUUAUCCGGGAUGGCGCCAGUGGCGGUGCUACCGUUCACACCACGAACGGAUUUGGCCGGACGCGCAGACGUGAGGUGCCGGGUGCUGAGCCGGCCGAGGAAUUCCUUCCUCCGGGAGCCGCUCCUGGAGGUGGAGUUGCUCUGCCCCCCGGUGCCGACCAGCCCGAGAAGCUGUCCAAGUCCGCUGCGCGCAACAAGAAGAAGCGUGAGGCCAGGAAGCAGAAGGAUGGUGAGGACGAGCCGAGCCCGGACCGCCGCGGCGAGAAGGGUGACGACCGCAACCGAUCCAAGGGCCAGAAUGAGCGCAAGAACGGCGGCCAGGCCAAUGGUGCUCCGGCAUCCAAGGCCAAUGCCAACAACGCUGCCGCUGCCGCUGCUGCUGCUGCGGCAGCGGCGGCAGCAGCCGAUGCGAGCGGUGCUCACUCCGCGCAGGACAAGAAGAUCCGUGGACUUUUGAAGAAGAUCCGCGCGAUCGACGAGCUGAAAAUGCGCCUUGCCGGUGGAGAGAAGCUCGAGGAUACGCAGAUGAAGAAGAUCCAGACUGAAGAGUCGGUACGCAAAGAGCUCGAAGGUUUGGGCUACAGUGGAUAGAGAGAGGCACCCAUAUCUUAUUGGGUCAAGGAUCUGGAUUACUACUAAACAGCAUUUGAAUCAACACCCAUUUGGAAAUAUGCGCACCGGUUUCUGCGCUGUUGGCGUUGCUCGCUUAACACUAUUAUCAUGAUUUUUCUUUUCCCUUCUUGGCUGGCUGCCUGUAUGAAUUGUACAUAUUGUCCAGUGGCUCUGGCUGGUCUGUUUGCUGUGACGGAGUAUUAUCUUCUCUGAUCUGAUGUGGAUGGAUGUCGACGAUAUAGCUUUCUGGUGUGUUAGAACUGUGUUCAGCGAGGGUGACAUUAGCUAUUUUACCCUGUAUAUCUGUAUAUACAUACACCGAAAGAGUCUAAAGAAAAAAUAAAGAGAAGAAGCGAAGAGACAGAAGAACGGUGAUUUCUUAGAUGGUAUCUACUACUUUCCUCUGCAUCAGUUUGUGAUAGUGGUAACUCGGUAAUGUUCCCAUGCAUCCCAAUUAUUAGUCUGAGAAUUCCGUACGCUUCAGGUAGCAGCUUGUAGUAAACA